AAUAAAACCAACAAAAUCCAAGUUCUCUUUCUUUCUCUCUUCUUCCUUACUUAUUUUUUUUUUUAUCAAUGAACAUCACUUCCACAUUACCUCCUUCAUCCUCAUCCUCUGCCUUUAGAACACCGAUGUCUACAUUAUCAAACAGUGACCGUAGUUUUAUAGAAUUUACUCGGUGUUUAUAUAAAAUCAAAUCUAUUGUGCAAGAAUUAGAAGUCUUUAGUCACACUGUUCGGUCAAGUCUGGAUUACCAGCAAGAAACUAAUACGCAGGAAUUUAUCAGAUAUGUCCAACAAUACCUGGAAAAUUCUUUUAAAAAGUUUAAUCACAUGUGCCGCAUCUUACUCUAUGUUCUGUCAAAAUUGGAAUCAAAUCAGACAGUCAAAAGAGAGCGUAUUGAUUCAUUUCGUCAAGAAGUCACGAAUGAAUGGCGAAAAGCGAACUUUGUUAGACAAGAUCUUGUCUUACUUGUCCACCGAAAACACUCUAAAGAUCAAUUUAAUACCACUCUUCCGUCACCUUCUUCACUAAGUAAUCAUGACCAAAGCAGUAAUGCAUCAUCAUCUAUAGACUCAAGUGACGUAGAUGAAGAUGUCAAAAAACUAUCAAGCUCAGAGUCAAGUCUAGAACCAAACUCUUCUCAAGAAGAAUCCAUGUUUUAUCCAUCAUGAUAUAUAUAUAUUUAUAUAUAAAC